CGCUUGCUGGGCAGCCGGGAGAUAAGCUGCUUCUCCUUGGCCGCUUUCCCAGGUAGAGUGCCGGCCUAGAAGGUGGUUGGGAGCACAGCUGGAAAGAGGCAAAGGAACUCGCGGGUCAUGGGCAAAUCCAGUUCUGCGGAGAGGAAGGAGGCCGGACGGCAGUUCCUGCAGUUCCUGAAGGACACGGGCAGGGAAGCCGAGAGCGACAAAGACCGUCUCCGGGCGAUCUACACCGAGUUCAAAGAUAUGGAUAACAAAAGAAGACCCAGCUUCUCCAGUGUGCUCUAUACUCUUCGGCAAAGUGGACGCGCUGUAGUAAUCAAUAAUUUUGUGCAGUUUGGUGUGGUGAGGAGGAGGUUUCCCAAUCAGUACUGGGGACCAGGAAAUGAUGCUAGAGAUCAGGGUUCUGCAUCAGCUGAUGGCCCGUCUCACGGAAGAUCACGUGCUAAGGACAGAGCUGAAUUCAUUUCGAAGAAGAAUGGCAUAGAUAUCGUUUCUCAGCAUGAUCUCCCCAAUGGACGCAUUCGCUUUCCUGUCUCUCUUAAUGAGCGCAAAACUGUUACUAUACUGGUCAAAAAUGGCGGGGCUCAUGCGGUGAUUCUACACAACUACAAAAGAUGGCAUCGAAGUCGUGAGUUAACCUUUGCGGAAUCCCAGCCUUUGCCUGUGAGACUUCUGCCAGGGACAUCAUGGGAGAUCUCAGUGCAUUGCUUGACAAGCUACUAUGGUUACUUUCCAACAACUGUACUGUUUGCGUUCACCACCGAGCAGAAUGAAUUCUUCAAGAUUGGGCGUUUUGUGUCAGCUGUAGCUAAUAGCAAACUUGCAGAACAACUGGGUCCUUCUGCUCCUUAUCGACCCUAUGAAGCCAUUCUUCGUAAACCCCAGGUCCUGACUACAGAGAGUGGCAACCCACCUGACAAUAUUUUACAGUAUAAACUUGAACAGGAAAUACCUCUAGAGUAUUUUCACUAUCCAACCAACUUGAAGGACCUAGUCAGUUAUCUUCAUGAGGGCCAUGCACCCAAAGAUGGCUCCCGUCCCAAAGUUGCCAAGCUUCGGUCUAAUCUGAAAGCCACCCUGGAGUUUAACAAUUAUUGUGAGAAGUUUAAAUUGCUGCUUUAUCUGGAAGAAAUACAGAUGGAAGUGGACAUCCACCGAUACAACAUGGAGGAUGUUUGCAUGGAGAAGGAUCCUCAGCGUAGGAAUCUCCUUGUCCUGAAGGUGCCUGGUGUGGCUGAAAACCGCCCAUCAGUACUGAGAGGCGAUCAUCUUUUUGUGACUUUGGCUGAUGACCGUGGACAGAGCCCAGUUGUCCAGUACAAGGGCUAUGUCCAUGCUGUGGAACUGGAAAAAGUCAAGCUGGACUUUUCCCAAAAACUGAUGUCCCUGUUCAUCAAUAACAUGAAAUUUGAUGUCACUUUCACCUUCAAUCGUCUGCCAUUACGGAUUCAGCAUCGGGCUGUUGUUCUUGCCCAGGAAAGGCAACUGCAGCAUUUGCUCUUCCCAUCUUUUUCAUAUCAGGAAUCCUUGCUCUCUGAUGGGCAGCGUCUCAGACUAUGUAACCCUGACCUGGAGAAAAAUGAGGAGCAAAAAACAACUGUUUAUCAGGUGGUGGCAGGCACUUCCAGACCAGCCCCAUACCUCAUAUUUGGACCUCCAGGUACUGGCAAGACAGUCACGAUAGUAGAAGCCAUCGAACAGGUUCUGCGCUGCAUUGAAGGUUCCCAUGUACUUGCAUGUGCUCCUUCCAACAGUGCCUCUGACCUUCUGUGCCAACUUCUUGUGAAACACGUGGAGAAAAGGAACAUCUACAGGUUAAAUGCUUACAGCAGGGAUUAUCGCAUGAUACCUGAAGAUAUCAAGCCUUAUUGUAACUGGAAUGAUGAAGAGCAAAUCUUUGUCUUUCCAAGCAAAGAGGAGCUGAAAAACUACCGCGUUAUCAUCACUACACUGGUGACAGCAGGAAGAUUGGUCUCUGCUGAUUUCCCUAGGGGGCAUUUUUCUCAUGUGUUCAUUGAUGAGAGUGGCCAUGCUGUGGAGCCAGAAAGCCUGGUUGCCAUUGCAGGUCUCCUAGCCAUGAUGGACUCAAAGACAAAUCCCAAGGGAGGGCAGCUUGUUUUGGCAGGGGAUCCUAAGCAACUGGGACCCAUCCUAAGGUCUCCUCUGGCUAUCGAGCAUGGUUUAGAACUUUCCCUGUUGGAGCGGCUGAUGCAUCACAAUUCCCUGUACCAAAAGAAGGAUGGGCAUUAUAACCCACAGUUUGUCACCAAACUGCUGCGAAAUUACAGGUCCCAUCCUGAUAUCUUGAAAUUUCCCAACGACAAGUUCUACGAUGGAGAACUGCAGGCCUGUGCCAACCCUCUCAUCUCGCAUUCCUACUGCUCCUGGAGUGAACUGGUGAAGCAGAGGUUUCCGAUCAUCUUUUAUGGUGUCUGUGGAGAAGACCAACGGGAAGAAAAGAGCCCUUCAUUUUUCAACACAGCUGAGAUCGACGUGGUGAUAAGCUACCUCAAGAAAUUGCUUCAGGAACAGCAGGGCAAGAAAGGCUUGUCCCGCAUGUCACCCAAAGAGAUCGGUGUCAUCUCUCCAUACAGGAAGCAGGUGGAAAAGAUAAGAAAGGCCAUUACCAUUGAGUUAAAGAACCAGCCAGAUAUCAAGGAUCUAAAGGUGGGCUCAGUGGAGGAGUUCCAGGGCCAGGAGCGGCGUGUUAUACUCAUUUCCACAGUGCGCAGCAAAAGUGAAUACUUUGAGAUGGAUGAAAAGUUCAAUCUUGGAUUCCUGAAGAACCCCAAGCGCUUCAAUGUGGCUGUGACAAGAUCCAAAGCACUCUUGAUUGUCAUAGGCAAUCCAACUAUUCUCAAAAAGGAUCCAAUGUGGGGCGAGUUUCUCCAGUACUGCAGGGAAAAUGGUGCAUACAAAGGAUUUCCGUAUGAGGAAGAAGGGAAUGAGGAGGAUGAAGAUCUGGCUGCAGAAUUUCGUUCCCUCAGCCUGAAUAGGCAGCCAACUGGCCAUAACUUAGCUGAGAGUCACAUUCAGCAACAAGCAGAGCCAGCAUGGAGACACGAGCACUGAGUCUCUGUUCAGCCCUCAACUCAGUACUGCUCCUGCAGUACCCUCCUGCAUUCCCAAAUAGAGUGCUUCUCUUUGUGCUGCUUAGAUACAGAUAGAUUGCAAUGCAGGUGACAACCCAACUCUACCUACUGUCUCUCAGGGACUGAAGCAGGAAUCUUGCACACAAAUCCAAGAUGGCUAUCCUAAUCAUGAAAUGGGAAUACUUUGUGCAGUUAUCAUUAUUAAUUUAGUGCAAGUUCUUGUUUGCUUCUGCAGCUUAGUAACGGACACUUCUGUAAUUCCUUUCUGCUUUUCUAAGUGUUUCAAAAGUCUUGGAUUGUUGGAGCAGCAGAAAUGACAAACUGGACAAAGGAGUGGUAUUAAGUAUGGGGUUUCUUCUUCCCCAAUUCAGCAUUGCUGUUUGUGCCUUUUUUACUAUGUUUCUGUUUAGCUUUGAAAGUUUACCUUGAAUUGCAUCUGGAAAAAAACUUUAUUCCUUGAUUUUCCAUGACAGUUGGAUUUUAUCAACUGUUUUGUACUGCAUUCCAAUUAAAGUUUACAAGAUAAAAUGACUACUGGAUCAUGGAAUCACAAGACCA